AUGCAUGUGCGCCUAUGCGACGAUAUCCAAUUACUAUGCACUCAAGGAUCUCUGAAGCUAAGCGAGUCAAACAAAUUCACGGAUCCGUACGAUGUGUGCGACAAUCCUAUUCCAAUGAUUUAUGUGAGCCGCUCAAAAAAAUUGUAUCUGCAAUACGAAUCGCAAAGUGCAGACUCCGUGUUAACAGCGCACUAUUCGAAAAUCGAGGCAUUCCGAAUACAAAUGAAAUACGUCAGUGGAAUCGUAUACGAGGGGGAUCACCCACUUCCCUGGAUGGACGAAUUCAAAGAUACAACAUCCGAGGUUUAUCGUGAGUUCCAGAAAGGAACCUGUAACGACCUCAUGGAAGUACUGAAAACAACCGAUAAUUGGCAAGCAUUCAUUACGUGUCGACUCAGGACUGUCUACCGAUUGAACGUGAGAGCUAUUCUCAAGUACGCCCGAAUAGCGAGCGAAAUGAGAAACAGAGUGCAAGAUCAGAGUCCAAUAUCUUACGUGAAAAGUACACAAGGUGAUUCGACCAAUAUGGGACUUUUCGCAGUCGUCGAUCUGGCGUUCAACAAAACUGCGGUGCCCACGGAAUCUCUGUCCGACAAAGCCUUGCUUUCCACUUUCGAGAAAUCCAGUGAAAUACCUUUCAAAAAAGGAUAUUUCAUUGUCUCAAUCGCCUCCGAUGCCAAAUAUACCGCCUGGUUCACCUAUAUUACAGCUAUGUUAAUAAUGAAGCUCAUUCACUAA